CAUAGAAGCCGGAAGUGACGUGAUUGACAAGCUAACGCGGUUGUCUUCUUUGAAAGAGGCUGUUGAGUCGUCGGAACAACACAUUUACAAAUAAAACAGACACGUAGCUACGAUAAGUCACAGCUGACAAUUGUAAGGACACCAUUUUACACCGUCCCAUAUGGCUACACCCUUACCUCAAAAGGGGCCUGGUCUGGCUGGUAUGCUCUCCCAGCAGCAGCAGUCCCACCUGCCCCCAGGCUUAGGCCCCGGCCAGCCUGCCAUGCUCCCUCAGGGAGCCCUGAGAGAGAUCUCCCCUGUGUUCCUCUGUCGAAUCGGCCAGGAGACCGUCCAGGACAUCGUCACACGCACCAUGGAGAUCUUCCAGAUCACACGAGCCACACAGUUGCCUAACGGGGUGACCCAGAGCCAGGCUGUGUAUCAGGACCGCUUCGGGAAACUCCAGGAGCACCUCCGUCAGCUGGCCCUGCUUUUUCGCAAGCUCCGCCUUCUCUACGAGCGCUGUGUUGAGAUGACCUCUGACCUGCAGGAAGAACCCUCAGAGCUGGUGCCAUAUGUAAGGGAGGAGAUGGCCCCUGUGAGAGUGGAGCCCUGCAGUCCGGCUGUAAGCCAGGAGAGACUAGAAGUGCUGGAGAAGAUGAGGCAGAAAAACCAGGAGAUGAAGAUUCUGAUGGACCAGAUGAGGAACCUGUUAUGGGACGUCAACGCAAUGCUGACACUCAGGAAAUGAUAUCACAGAUGAACUCUCCCUCACUGCACUUCACGAUGCCCUCCAACUAGGGGCCAUGGGUUUUUCCUGACCCAGAAAACUCUUGGCCCUAGUACCUCCAACCAUUGUUGUACUUGUGUGAGACAGACUGCUAGAAGCUUUUGGUGAUCUACCUUUACAGUAUGGUGCUUUCAGAGACAUUGAAUGAACUGAGUUUACUACAAAUGUUUUGUACUGUCAGUAUCUUUUUUUUUUUUUUUUUUUUUUACUCCGGUAUUAUGAGUUCAGACUUGCCAAGCCUCAGGUGAAUUUCCUGCCUUUUUUUGAGUGGUAAGCACUUGACUCCGGACCAGCUAAAUAAACUUGAAUUCAGUGUUGUGAAUUUUACUCAGUGCACAAAAGGCUGAUCUAGUAUCAGCAAAAAAAUCUGCCCUUAUUCUUUGUGUCCCAACUAGUGACUGUCACCUGUAAGCUGAGUUGAAGACAAUGGGAUCUCAUCGCCACUGGCAGCUAUUUAUCUCAGGUGUUUGUGUUUUAGCAUUAUUCUUGAGGUUAGCUUCCUGAGUGCUGGGCAACACCCCCCCUGCUUACCUUAAGGGUUAAGAACAUUGCAUGCCGACUGCUGAGGAAGUGUGAAUCUAUUUUUGUACACUGCGCAUGAUCUCGGAGAAAGCACAAGCAAUAGGUUACUGAGUCUUUUUCUACAAAAUAAAUACAUUGUGAGAAAUG